AUGCGGUUGGCAAGUGUUGUGCCAGAUAAGUUUACGUUUCCAUGUGCUAUCAGAGCUUGUUGUGGGGUACUGGAGGUUUUGAAGGCUCAUCCCUUAGUGGUUAAACUUGGGUUGGAAUUAGAUGUAUAUGUUGGUAGUGCUUUGGUGAAUACAUAUUUUAAAUCUGUGUUAGUGGAGGAGGCACAGAAAGUGUUUGAGGAGUUGCCUUCUAGAGAUGUUGUGCUUUGGAAUGCAAUGGUUAAUGGGUUUGCACAGAUUGGAUGUUUUGAUGAGGCUUUGGUUGUCUUUAGGGUAAUGGGUGAGGAAAGGGUUGAGUCUAGUAGGUUUACGGUAACUGGGGUAUUGUCGAUCUUCGCCAUGAUGGGAGAUUUUGACAAUGGGAGAGCAGUGCAUGGGUUUGUAUUGAAAAUGGGUUAUGAUUCACAUUUUGAGGUUUCAAAUGCAUUGAUCGACAUGUAUGGAAAAUGCAAGCUUACAGAAGAUGCAUUAGAUAUUUUUGAGAUGAUGAUUGAUAAGGAUAUAUAUUCUUGGAACUCAAUUAUAGCAAUGCAUGAACAGUGUGGUUAUCAUGAUGAAACUCUCAAGCUUUUGUAUAGAAUGUUAGGUGCUGGGGUUCUACCUGAUCUGGUGACCAUCACGAUAGUUGUUCCAGCGUGGUCUCAUCUAGCAGCUUUGAUGUAUGGUAGAGAGAUUCAUGGAUAUAUGAUUAAAAAUGAGAUUGGUAAGGAUGUGAAUAAGGAAGAUGUUAACGAUGUGCUAAUGACCAAUGCGAUCAUGGACAUGCACACAAAAUGUGGGAGCACGAGAAAUGCUUAUAUGGUUUUUGAUUAG